AUGUCUUCCAGCUUUCUGGCGAAGAAGCGGAAGAUCAUACAGCAGCUCUCCGUUGCAGGUGAAGAGUACAACGAUCUCUCUCCGAAAGGAUCCAUUGACGAAGGCAUCCGUACGCUCAUAGACGAGCUCAAUAGCAUAGAUGGCCUGGUAACGACAAGCAGUUGUGCGGGCAGAAUCAGUGUGUUCCUUGAAGGUCAGAGGAAGGGAGCAUCGGCAUCGGCUACAACUGAACCUCAGGGAUCAUCUCCUUCUCCCAAGCCACUGGCCGGUCCAGGCGGGAAGGGCGGUGGCAGCUGGCUGUAUGUUUCUCACGAGGCUCUCCAGCCACCAAAGGUUACAUCCAGUACCAAUCUCCACUCAUUGUUCGGAUUGCACGCGAGUCAAGGCGGCUGUGAGUUGAUUCAUGCGCCGGGCCGGAGAUUUGUCCAUCUCAAAUUUGAAGCCAUGAUUUUACACCUCCUAUGUGCAUCGCUUAUUGACGCGCAGAAGGUGCUGUCUGCGGCGCUUACUGCCGGGUUCCGCGAAAGCGGCGCUGUCAGUCUGACUUCAACCAUUGUCGGGGACGAAACCCCAAUGGUAGCCGUUCGCUCAACCGGCCUUGCUUUUGAUAGCAUAGUCGGCUACGUGACAGCAGAAGGAGACAUUGUGUCUAUUGUCGACGAACCGUAUCUUGGAGCUCUCGUUGCCAUAGCCAACGAGAGAUUCUGUGUGAACACUGAGAGGAUUCAGAGAUUUAGAUCAGAGAUCCUCAAGCAGUACCAAGAUUUACCCGAAUUAUCAAAACAUACUUCAGACGACCAGAGCUCUAGCUUAGGCUGGGAAGAUGCUGAAGCGCGGAAACAGCGCAAAAGGCAAGAAGGCCUCCAACGUCAGAGACUACUGCAAGCCGAACGCAGGCAGGGGUCUGACGUGAAAGUACCUGACACGGAUGCACUUGAUAGCGACGCGUCGCUGGCGCUAAAUCGUGUUCUCAGCUAA